GGGGGGCGUGAUUACAAUUGACUGGUGCAUAAUACAUUCAACUUUUGACCUCUUUGUAAUGCACCAGUCAAUUGUAACCAUGGCCCCCCAGGUCCGGGGAAUAGACGGGACUUUGACUUUUGGUCCAGCCAACCCCGGGUAAAAUCCCCUCCCUCCAGGGAAGAACUGAUUGUUAAACCCCGGCCAAAUGCUCCCGCACCCCAGAGACUCUAUAAAAGGCCUAAUCUCCGCUAAAUUUGGCGCUAUGACAAAACCACCGCGGUCACCCAGCCCUGUGGGGGCACCUGGAAAGUAAAAACACCGCCCUUUUCCCCCCGGCUAUCCCCGGUAUACCCCCGGACCUGGGGGGGCCGUGGUUACAAUUGACUGGUGCACAAUUACAUCAGUUAGAUUCAGCACUUGUUCUGAGACUAUAAAUGGUGUCAAAUACUGACAAAAAGGACAUUUUUGGACAAAAAAUUGUCAAAAUUAAUUAAUUUAUCACUUUCAGUAGUAAAUAAUUAGGACCCAAAAAUGAAAUGAAAAAAUUAGUGAAAUCUAAAGAACUCCGUACUAUGAGGGUAGAAAUAAGCCCACUUAAAAUUAAUGACAGUUUAUAUUUAAAGAAAAAUGUAUUUAUUGUGAUGUUCAGCACAAAAAGUUACCUGGAGCGAAAAACAGGGCCCUAUGGUAUUGGACGGUUUAGUUAUCUUCAGUCACUUGUGAACGAAUACCAGAAUACAGAUGACACUGAUUCCAAAACACAGAUAAUGGCAAAUCUUGCAAACUUUGCCUAUGACCCAAUCAAUUACGAAUAUUUGCGGGCUCUAAAUGUUAUAGAUCUCUUUUUGGAUGGGCUUGAAGAACAAGAUGAUCAAAUUGUUGAGUUCGCUGUUGGGGGAAUCUGUAAUGCAUGCAACGAUCUGCAGAACAAGAGGCACAUCAGUGACAAUGGCGGAAUAAAACUGGUGAUUAACUGUUUAUCAAGACCGUCGGAGGAAACUGUUUUGUCAGCAAUAACAUCUUUGAACUAUCUCGUUACGCCAGAUAGUAAAGCUGACAUUGUCUGCCUCCCCGUUGUUGAGUGCAUGCUAAGACUGUCAAAAGCAAAAAAUCCCAGAUUGAAAAAUCUGGCGGCGGUUUUCCUACAAGAUCACUGUGAUUCUCGGAUAAUCAGUCAGGCUGAAGAAAUACAAAAGAGAAACAUUGGACAUUUUCAAUCGUAGUUAUUUUAUUCUUUAAGAGAUUCAAUAUUAAUCUUUUCAGUCACAAAUAUACAUGUAGAAAUAUACAAAUAAACAUAACAGCAUUGAACAAACUUCUGGUUAUAAUGUUUAUGUACAUGAAAUGUUUAAU